AAAUCCUUCCCUGGACAGUUGUAAGCUGAUCGAUGGUAGGAUCAAUGGCUUCCUCCUUUUCCAUCUUGACCUCACCAAAGCAGAAGAAUUCACCAUCCAUUGAUGCUGUUCUUGGUAAUGAUGACCUCGUCACUGAGAUUCUAUUGCGUGUGCCCCCAAAAGCGGUCCUGAGAUUCAAGUUAGUUUCCAAGAAAUGGCUUUCUAUCAUUUCCAACACAAGUUUUGCUACCCGCCAUACUCACCUCAAUCCCCAUACCGUUUCAGCUCUUCUCCUCAGAGUUUCCUUCUCUUCCAAGGAACCACCGACCCACAAAUACGUUUCUCUUGAUGGGAAAUCAUUAGCUUACUUUUCCUAUGAUUUUCUUGAUUUUGACCCCAGCAAUAACCCGGGAUGUAUUUAUGUUUCUCAGUCCUGCAAUGGCUUGCUUUUGUGUUCUAAAUGCAGACGGGAUCUUCCAGAGAGGUCUCAACCAAUAAAUUAUAUAUUCAAUCCUACUACAAGGCAAUUUGCAGUGCUACCUCCACCACCUGACGAUGGACAAUUUUUUGAUUCGAUUCAGUUGGUGUUUGAUCCUUCGGAAUCAUCUUGUUACAGGGUUGUUUGCACUCAAUUCUUUACCUCAGAGCUUAAGAUUUAUGUGUUCUCAUCUGAAACCAAGGACUGGAAGCUUUGCGUGAGCCAAGAAAGUUUUGAUUUUUUACCUGUCAACUUUGCGGAUGGCGUCUUUUGGAAUGGUGCUGUUCAUUGGAUUAGUCCUAUGGGGAAUGGUUUCAGUUUCUUGCUUGAUAAGGAAUGCCUUGAGACAAUUCCGAGGCCUCCACUUCCUGAGAAUUGGCAGGAACAAAAUUUCAGGUACUUCGGAGAGUCUGACAGGCAUUUGCAUUUUAUUGGGGUUUUGGCAGGAAACCCAAAUCCUGAUGAUUUGAACAGAGGUAUUGUCACCCCUGAUAUGUCUCAUGACCAAAGUACUGAUCAAUCCAUAGUAGUCUAUACCAUGGAGAGAGGCUUCUCAAAAUGGUUUGUUAAGUACUGUCUCCAUAUGAAUGCUAUUGUAAUGGCAUAUCCUGAGAUAACAGAAGACGAAGAUCUUGCAGCCUCACCAUUUUCAGCAGAGAAAGGAUCGGUUCGUUUAUUGUCAUUUAUCGGCGGGGAUAACAAUGAAGGGCCAUUGCUGGUGAUGUGGAUCCUUGGUGAGAUCAUAUCUUUCUGCUUCAAGGACAAAACAUUCAAGAAGAUUUUGAGGCUUCCUUUUAAGCACGCUACCUGCUAUGCUUUAAACUACACUGAGACAUUAUCUUGUGUUUAAUGGUGUGUAUGUUUGCUGUUGUCCAACAUCUUUUGUAAUUCUUUUCAGCUUCAGCAAAUUACUAUUCAGGAAAAUAAAUCCAUUUAUAUUAGCAUGAAACACAAGGCAAAUCCCGCCUCCACCUUUG